CGGAAAUUCCGCAUUUGCCGACAAAAAAAAUCAGUCUCUCUCGCGAAGAUCACCGGAGUCACCAACCAAACUCCCACCGUCGAUGCUCCGCUUCACUUCUCGCCGGAAUCGCCCAGAAAUGGCGGUCACUGUACCUUUUUCCCUCUUCAUUUCGAAACCCGCCUGUCCCUUUCCUUUCCCAUCUCCUCCACACAGAAGAAAGUUCCGAGCUUUGACUGUGACAAUGGCUUCUUCUCCCUCUUCUUCUAGUUCUCGCAGUGAUGGUGAUGAGGAGAAACCGACCAAAUUGGUGACGUUUUUGGGUAAAGGGGGGUCCGGCAAGACCACUUCAGCUGUCUUCGCUGCUCAGCAUUACGCAAGGGCAGGACUCAAUACAUGCUUGGUGAUACAUUCACAAGAUCCCACCGCCGAGCAUCUCCUAGAUUGCAAGAUCGGGCCUGCUCCUGUUACCUGCAAUAGUAACCUCUCAGCUGUGAGAUUGGAGACAACUAAAAUGCUGCUUGAGCCUCUCAAGCGCCUCAAGGAAGCAGACGCCCGGCUUAAUCUGACGCAAGGAGUUCUUGAAGGGGUGGUGGGGGAAGAGCUAGGGGUGCUUCCUGGAAUGGACUCCAUAUUCUCACUUUUUGCCCUGGAGAGAUAUGUAAGAUUCACGGGGAUUAAGUCGCCGAGAAACCAUCAGAGGGAACGCUAUGACAUAGUUGUAUAUGACGGUAUCAGCUCUGAGGAAACUCUACGGCUGAUUGCUGCAAGCAGCAAAGCAAGAUUGUACUUGAAAUACUUCCGAAGCAUUGCUGAGAAGACAGAUCUGGGAAGAUUAGCUGGUCCCUCGAUCAUUGGGCUCGUGGAUGAUGCAAUGAGCUUAACUGACAGCCAGUCUGUUCUCAACAGUAAUACAAGCACAAGGAUAUGGGACACGUUGGAAGAAAUGCUACUGAGAGGAUCCUCUGCCUUCUUGGAACAGCACAAGUUUGGUUGCUUCAUUGUGAUGGACCCACAUAAUCCAGUCUCAGUGGACUCAGCAAUACGUUACUGGGGCCGCACGAUCCAAUCCGGUGGUCAAGUAUCUGGUGCAUUUGGUAUCAGCUCUCUAGACCCUAGUGAAGAUUCCAACGAAAAAGUUAAAGGACUUUCGCCGAUGCCUUUUGCUUUCAUCCCACACCUUUCAUUCUGUUCCCGUCCUGAUUGGAAUUCAGUCAUGCUGAAUUCUGCCAGCAGACAAUCUCAGGAACUUCUUUCUUUGCCAUCAUCAAGCCAUAGCAAUGUGAUGGCACCAGUUAAGUUUGAUGCAGCAAAGAAGUCGGUGACUCUUCUCAUGCCUGGCUUUGACAAGUCAGAGAUCAAGCUUUAUCAGUAUAGGGGAGGAUCCGAGCUAUUGGUGGAAGCAGGAGAUCAGAGACGCGUAAUUUCUUUGCCGUCGGAUAUCCAGGGUAAAGUGGCAGGUGCCAAGUUUGUUGAUCGGAGCCUAGUUAUUACCAUGCGAUAACUCAACGACUAACCAUUCCUGCGCUGAUAACCCAGGUGUCUUGUGAUUUCAUAAAGCCUUCAGCAACACAAUGGAAUCAUAAAGGAAAAGAGAUUUGAGAAUAUAGCGACAGCAAAGGACCAUUGUACACCGACAAGCCACCCCACCCGAUCCAACAGUCGAAAUCCGGA